AUGCUCGAUGACAGCUUCGACCCAGCUGGACAAUGCAUGCCAAAUACAACACAGCCUGAAUGCGUAGACGAAGAUGAAGGGCUCGCGCCGGGCAUCGCCGCCUUCUUCUGCCGCAAUGGCCUCUGUCCCAGCACAGCUGAAGCAUGCGAUGCCUAUGCUCGUAUGCGGUUUCCUAUCGCGGACAUCAAGCGCACGUCUAUUCAGGGGUACUGCUCCUACACGCUGUGUGUCUCGGGCGACCGCCUCUUGCAGUUCCGUCCCGAGCCUCACGAGCUCAACAUGGACAUAUGCCGCAACGCCCGAGCCGUCUUCGGCGCAUUGGUCCCCAUGACGAUGCAUCUCGGCAGCUUGCAAGGGAUUGUCAGGUCGGACAUGGGAGGUGCCGCGGCACCGAGGCUGCACGUCUACUUGCAAGAGAAACUGCCGGGCAUCAGCCUGGCUCAUGUCAAGGAGCAGACGAUAGAGCAACGCAGGCGCCUCGUCGAGGACCUGGCCGAGGUCUUCGCUACCAGUUACCUCCACAGCCGGCCCCCGGACGAGAUAUCUUCAGUUCUAAGGGGACGAGUAGGAGCCUCACUUGCGUGGCGCCUGCAGCUUCUCCAAGGGCUACACGAUGACCAGCUCUCGCACCAUGUCGCUACCGCCACACAGCACCUCGACACCAUCGCCGCGCUGCCGUGGUGCCUCACACACGGCGACCUGGUCCCCAGCAACGUGCUCGUCGACCCAGCCUCAGGCCGGCUGACGGGCCUGGUGGACUGGGCCGAGGGGGAAUGGCUUCCUCUGGGGCUGGGCCUGUACGGGCUCGAGGAGCUUCUGGGGCGGGACGUGCCCGGCCGUGGGUAUGAGUACUUUGACGACCACAAGGAGCUGCGCGGGCGGUUCUGGGAGCGCUUCAUGGCGUUGGCGGGCUCGUGUGACGUCGGCGGGGAUGGGUUCCCGUUGCGGUGGAGAAGAGAGGAAGUGGCUCUGUCUCGGAAGCUGGGCAUCCUGCUCUGGAGGGGUAUCGCGUUUGACGAUGGGCGUAUAGACCGCGUUGUCGAGGCGGGGAGGGAUGAUGCUGAGAUUCGCAAGCUGAGGCUCUUCCUGGAGGUACCGUGUCCGGUUACGCGCGAGUACUCUAGUCGCGACUAA